UGAUCGAACCUGCAGCCUGAUUUCAAAGCAUCACGGCGUUAACAAAGUCCGUCCGAUAGGAACUGUUGGACAGGCACCGAUCUCAAGACUUCCACAUCUACCAGGACAUUUGUUGUCGACAUAUAAAGGUCUUCAGCUUCCCGGGGAUAUCAUCAGCAACCCACAGUCUAUUUCAUUCUCCUUCCAGUAAAACCUUGUGACUCUCCCUUAAACAGCAUGGCCUCCUACCUCAUCACCGGCACCUCCCGCGGCAUCGGCCUCGCCAUGGCCCGCACCCUAGCCUCCAAGCCCGCCAGUGAAGUAUCAGUCAUUUUCGCAGCGGCGCGCACACAAACAGAGGAAUUGAAGCGGCUAGUCGCAGAAUCAUCCGGUCGCGUCAAGUCCGUUCCGAUAGAUGUCGAAAAUAAGGCCAGUGUACGGACCGCAGCAGCGACCGUCGAGGAAGCACUAGCGGGCAGGGGACUCGAUGUGCUUCUCAAUGGCGUGGGGAUUAUGCCUGCUACACCCAAUGGGAUCGAGACAAUGGACGACCUGGAUUCCGUCUUUCACACCAACGUCAUCAGCGCCCAUUUGGUAACGAGUGCAUUCUUGCCUCUGUUGAAGAAUGGCAUCCAAAAGAAAGUCAUUAAUAUCUCAACAACCCUUGGCUCCAUCACCAUGGCACCCCGAUUCGCCCUCUUCCCUGUGCCAGCCUACAAGGUCAGCAAGGCGGCACUCAACAUGCUCACGGUCCAAUACGCCCAGUCUUUUGUGGACCAGGGGUUCACAUUCCUGACUAUCUCGCCGGGUUGGGUGAAGACCGGGCUGGGUGGAGACAGAGCCGAUUUGACCACCGAGCAGAGUGUGCAGGGUAUCUUGGAUAUCAUCCUCCCCGCGACAAAGGAAGAUAAUGGUAAAUUCUUUAACAUUCGGGUGCCCGGGUGGGAGAAGGCUGAGGGGUUGAAUCAGUAUGAUGGGGCUGAGGUACCGUGGUAGAUGAAGAGGAUGGAAUGGUAGGGAGCAUGACUGCUGUUCUCUCAGCAUGAGGGGCCUUAACUAAAUAGAUCGGUGAUAAGAAAAAGACAUUGAUAAUGGAUUUCUUGAUAGCCACC